UUCUCAUUUUUGCUUAUCCUUUUCAGGUUUGGGAUUGGACAACCUGAUUUAGCUCUAUGUCGCCGAUUGAUGCCACCCCUCAUGGCCAAAUACCCAAAGGGAGCUGUUAUUCUGUAUCUACGAGCACGACUUCUGCUUGUGUCUGGUGAAAUUGACUCGGCCAUUUACUGCUUCAACAACUCUAUAGAGUCACAACAAGAGUACAAACAAUUUCAUCAUAUCGCCUACUGGGAGCUAUUAUUCGCUCAUUGCUAUGUUGGUGAAUGGGCGAGGGCGGCUAACUAUGCAAAAAGGCUUUUGAGUGAAUCCCGAUGGUCGAGAUGCGUCUAUACCUACUUGCUAUGUAUACUUUUUGCAGCAGAUACCACAUGUGACGAAUCCAAGCGGAUUGAAACCGUGGCAGUACUGGCCAGGAAGAUCGACGGCUUGCGACAGAAAAUCGCUGGCAAGUCUAUUCCCCUUGAAAAGUACUGUACGAGGAAAGCUUCACGUUUCAUCGCAAAACAGACAUUGAUGUUCGCCCACUAUGAAUUCAUGUACUUUUGGAACGGAUUCGACAUUGUUGCUGCCAACUCGCAAAUCCUUCAAGGCAUUUUCGAAGAUCUCCAGAACAUCUGGCAUGCGAGACAAUCCAGAGCGGAUGCUGACGAUCGCGCACUGUACUUUUUCCUUCGUGCAGUCUGCCUGCGAAAUCUUCGUCAACCAACGGCAGCAGAAAAUAGUCUUCAUGAGGUGCUCAAAUUGGAAUCAGAGCUCGUGGACUUCACAUAUUUGCCACCGAAUGCCAUCUACGAGUUAGCGCUGCUGAGAAUCGCCGAAGGCUACAGGGAAGAAGCAGAGGUUCUCCUUGCCAGAGCACGUAGCUACAAAGGUUUCUCCCUCGAAAACAAAUUACUUUUCCGCAUUCACGCUGCCAUGGAGAACCUCGGCUCUAGGACACCUAUGGUUUAG